GGACCUAAUUAAUGGCAAGCUGGCAAUGCUUGUCAGUACAUAGUCACUCACUCAUCAGUCAUCACUAAUCUUAGCUUCUUUAUUUCUUAUAUACACCACACACCACUUCAAUUCCUGAAUCUUCUUCACUUCCAAAAUGGAGAAGCAAGGAAGAGUGUUCUUCUUCUCCCUCACAGUCACAGUGCUGCUCUUCUCCCUGCUUUCUUCGACGGCCAAUGGCCACAACAUCACACGCAUUCUGGCAUCCCACCCCAGCCUCUCCACAUUCAACCACUACCUCACACUCACACACCUCGCCGCCGAGAUCAACCGCCGCCAGACCAUCACCGUCCUCGCCCUCGACAAUUCCGCCAUGUCCUCCCUCCUCGACAAGCACCUCUCCAUCGGCACCCUCAAGAAUGUCCUCUCCCUCCACGUCCUCGUCGACUACUUCGGCGCCAAGAAGCUCCACCAGAUCACCAACGGCACCACCCUCGUCUCCUCCAUGUUCCAGGCCACUGGCACUGCCGCCGGAACUGCCGGCUACGUCAACAUCACCAACCUCAAGGGCGGUAAAGUAGGCUUCGCCUCCGAAGACAACGACGGACUCCACUCCUUCUACGUCAAGUCCGUCCAAGAAAUCCCCUACAACAUCUCCAUCCUCGAAAUCAGCAGCGCAUUGAGCUCCGCCGAAGCAGAAGCACCCACCGCCGCCCCCAGCCAGAUCAACAUCAUCAACAUCAUGUCCAAGCAAGGUUGCAAGUCAUUCGCAGACUUGCUCAGACCUUCCAAGGCUCUUCCAACUUUUCAGGACAGCGUGGACGGUGGCUUGACCGUGUUCUGCCCCACGGACACCGCCGUCAGCGGUUUCAUGCCCAAGUACAAGAACCUCACGGAUGCGCAGAAGAUAUCGGUGCUGCUGUACCACGGAGUGCCCGUGUACCAGUCGCUGCAGAUGCUGAAGUCAAACAACGGGGUUAUGAACACUUUGGCGACAGAAGGAGCGAACAAGUUCGACUUCACGGUGCAGAAUGACGGCGAAGAUGUGAAGCUUGAGACCAAGGUUGAUACGGCGAGCAUAGUAGGGACACUGAUUGACCAAGAUCCCUUUGUUGCGUACAAGAUCAGCAAGGUUCUGAUGCCGAGGGAACUCUUCAAGGGGAUUCAGGAGGAGGAGAGCGAUGCGCCGGCAGAGUCCCCUAAGGCCUCCAAGAAGGGCAAGAAGAAGAAGGCGUCGCCGGCGGCUGAUGCCCCGGCAGAUGGGCCAGAGUCCGAUUCGGAAGAUCAGAAGGCUGCCGAUGAUAACGCUGCUGACAGCAAUGCUGCCAGAUUCGGCAUGCUGUUUUUCAGUUUAAUUAUUGCAAAUUUGGUUCUAUAGUUAAUUAAUUAAUUAUUAUUUGCAUUUUGCAUAAUGGAGUGUCGGCAGCUUCCAAGCCCCCAUGUCAAUGUGAGAAAGAUUCUUUUCUUUUCCUUUUUUCUUUUUUUAAUUUUAUAUUAUUUGUGAAGGAAAUAAAACAGUGAUACCCACAUGUUUGAGAGGCACUGUCCUUUUCCUUUUCUUUCUUCUUCUUUUUUUUCUUAGGUUUAUAUUUGUUUGUUUUUAUGAUUUUUAUUUAAUUGGUCCUUUUGUGUGUGGGUAGAUCCAGUUUGUGCUAGCUGCCAGCUGGGAUGUAUGAAUAUAAACAUUUACAAAGUUUUUUUUAUUUUAA